UCUCGAUAAGGACAGGCCACGCGCCCUUACACGGUUACACCCCGAUACCAACCAAUCCAAUCCCGCCACCGAGGUGUCUGCCCGUCCAGAUGGCUGCAGCGAUACGAGUUAUGCCGAGCGCGGCUUCCAGGGCGGUUAGCCUGUUACGAACGGUUCAGUAUGCUCACCCGCCGUCUUGUCCGUGUCACUCCAAUCCGGGGCAUCAUCAUCACGCAAGAUCUCAGGUUGACCGGUAUGCCCAGCAUACUCACCAGCUGAUCGGGAGGCGCGGCUAUGCCUCCCCCGUCGACCCUUCUCAGCAGAAGGAGUACGCGUUUGAGAUGGCUGCCUCCUCUAUCCGCUUCGGCCCCGGCGUCACUCAGGAAGUCGGCAUGGAUUUCAAGAACAUGGGUGCCAAGCGUGUCUGUGUCGUUACUGACUCGACGGUGCGGCGACUCACUGCCGUUAAGCAGGCAGAGGAGGCCCUCUCGAGGGAAGGCAUUAAAUACGAGAUAUUUGACAAGGUCCAGGUUGAACCCAAGGAUAGCUCCAUCAAGGAGGCCAUCGCCUUCGCGAAGCCGUAUCGGCCGGACGCGUUCCUCGCCGUGGGCGGGGGCUCGGUCAUCGACACGGCCAAGUUGAUGAAUCUCUACACCGAGUACCCCGACGCCGACUUCUUGGAUUUCGUGAAUGCGCCGCUGGGCAAUGGGCGACCGAUAGACAAGGCGCUCAAGCCGCUCAUCGCCAUCCCCACCACGGCCGGUACCGGAAGUGAGACGACGGGGACGGCCAUAUUCGAUCUCGUGUCGAAGAGAGCGAAGACGGGGAUCGCGCACCGCAAUCUGAAGCCGACGCUCGGCAUCUGCGACCCGCUCAAUACGAUAACGAUGCCCUCCGCGGUGAAGGCGAGCUCCGGGCUGGACGUCCUCUGCCACUCUCUCGAGUCAUGGACCGCCCUCCCAUUCUACGAGAGGGUGCCGCGUCCGUCGAAUCCCAUCCUGCGGCCCGCUUACCAGGGCGCAAACCCGAUUAGCGAUGUCUUCUCCCUUAACGCGCUCCGCAGCACCGUCAAGUACCUCCCCCGGACGGUCAAGAACCCCGACGAUCACGAGGCCCAGACCGAGAUGCUCUUGGCUUCGACCCUGGCCGGCGUCGGUUUCGGGAACGCCGGCGUCCACCUCUGCCACGGCAUGUCGUAUCCCAUCUCGGGCCAGAACCCCGGGUACAGGCACGCAGGUUACGAAGUCGAGAAGCCGCUCAUCCCCCACGGCGUCUCCGUGGCGGUGUCGGCGCCGGCGGUGUUCCGGUUCACCGGACCGUCGAACCCCGAACGCCACCUCGCGGCGGCGGAGGCCUUUGGCGUCGACGUGACAAACGUAAAGCGCGAGGACGCCGGCGAGGUGCUCGCCGAUGCCCUGGCUAAGUUCCUCGCUGACCUCGGCGACCAGCCCAAGGGACUGAAGGAGCUGGGCUUCGACUCGAGUCACAUUGAAGCCCUAGUCGAGGGCACGAUACCUCAAGCUCGUGUUUUGAUGCUGGCACCCGGCCUCGCGAAAGAGCUGGAGCGGGAGAGGGAUCAGCUGAGACGGCUCUUCGAGGACUCUAUGGGUCACUGAUGCGAUGUGGGU